AUGGACGGUGGAUGGUAUCCAUCUACCGGAGACCCCAUCCGAAACCUCGGAGUACCACUGAAGAAGACAGCCUCAUCACAGACCGUCAUCUCUGCCCAUUCUCUUCAUCCAGAUUACGCGACAAUACCCUCCAUUCUACAACAACAACAACCACCACACAGUCCGAGGACACCUAAUAACGGAUCACCGAUGGGAUCCCCACAAGGGACAAAUCCUCCCGCUUUGUCUCUGCCAGUCAAAGGAAUACUCAGCUCGAGACAGGCACAUAAACUUGGAUCGUCGCCAAAACAGACCCAAUGGGUACACUGGUUGAUAGUUGACGCUUUUGACUAUUCAGCUUUCCUUCGACGUCCCCCCAUCACCUGCCUUAUCAGCCAAAUCCUCGCUGGUCUCCCAUUCGGCAUCGUCUUCCGUUUUCGAGGGUCCUGGUUCCUCUUCCCCAAAUCAGUGACCCUCCUCUCCAGACGGGCCACCCUAACCCAACGAAGCAACUCUGAAGCGUGUUUCCCAUCUCGAAAUCUGUUGUCUGCCCAACAAUUGGCAUGUCCUCCACAACGAAGAUCAUCAAUGGCCAUUCUACCAUCAAGAGAAGCUGCAUUAAUGAGGAGAAUCCUUGGCCCACAGGGUCUCGGCUGGAUUGCUGGUGAACAAUCCUCGAAAAAAUCAAUUUCCCUGGUGCUGAGCAACGAUGUGGAGGCACAAAAAGGGGACGACUCGGAGACGCCGCUAAUGAAAGAUCAGGACAGCAAACAGGGUGGCCGGCUGCUUCAUCGAGAACAAUAUUAUGAAAAGAGGAGGCAGACAUGUGAUCGAGCAUUGGUUUUUGCUAUUGCUGGCAUUGUUUUAAUGGUGCUGGAGAGCGAGCUGAAGGCCAAUGGAUUAAUCGAUAAGAGCGGCACGACGAGUGUGGCAUUAAAAUGUCUAAUAAUGCUGUCAACAAUGGCCCUUCUCACACAAGUCUUCUUUUUCUAUUAUAUCAAAAUACAGCUAUUCAUGAUUGCAAACGCGGCAGAUGAUUGGCGGAUAGCAUUGACACCAAAGAGGCUUGUUAUUAUCAGCGCCGAGUCGUGGGCGACAUUAGAAGUUCUUCUCUCUCUGGGGAUGUUCUUCCGUCUGUAUUGGCUAUGUCGAGUGAUGCUUCUUCAUUCAAAACUAUUCACCGAUGCGUCCAGCAGAUCAAUCGCCGGCCUCAACCGCGUGAAUACAAAUGCCCGUUUUAUCCUGAAGACAUUGAUGACGCUAUGUCCGGGUACUGUACUCAUUCUAUUCACGGCAACACUAUGGAUUGUCGCCGGGUGGAUUUUGCGAUUUUGUGAAAGAAGCGAUCUAGAGAUGGAGAACGUGAAUAUGUCAGCAAAUCCGAGCAGUACAAAGGGGAGACCUGUCAAUUAUCUGAAUUCCCUUUGGAUGAUUGCUGUCACUUUUCUAUCUGUUGGAUACGGUGACAUCGUCCCUCAUACAUAUUGUGGAAAAACGAUGGCCGUCAUCACGGGAAUUAUGGGUACCUGUACCUCUUCAAUGGUUGUGGCAGUGAUAGCCCGUAAAUUAGAGUUGUCUCGUGCUGAGAAGCAUGUUCAUAAUUUCAUGAUGGAGACACAACUCACUAAAAAGUUAAAACACAGCGCGGCAAAUGUUCUUCGAGAGACGUGGUUCAUCUAUAAAUAUCGGAGAUUGGUUGAGAAACCGGAUACGGCACGGAUAAGGCUUCAUCAGAGGAAAUUUCUCGUCGCCAUUUAUGCCCUCCGAAAAGUGAAACGAGAUCAGCGAAAACUACAGGAGAAUUUUGUCUCGCUUGGCGACGUGGCCAGGACGACGUCAAAUACGUACGAAUUGGUGCAAGAUUCUCAUUCGAGUCAAGAGGGUCUUUCACUACGGAUUACAGCCAUCGAACAUCAAUUGUCCGAUAUAUCAAAAGAGCUGGGUAAUCUGGCGGAGCUUCUCCGUUCUCGACGACGUUCCUCAUAUGCAAGUGGAGAUGAAACACCCCAAGAAUCUCUCAGGAGACGCCAUUUUGAA